AGACGCCCGGAGCCAGCGCGGUGAGGACCAUGUUGCUUCCGAACAUCCUGCUCACCGGUACACCAGGGGUUGGAAAAACCACGCUAGGCAAAGAACUUGCAUCAAGAUCAGGACUGAAAUACAUUAAUGUGGGUGAUUUAGCUCGGGAAGUCUGAUCAACGGAUAUCAUGGAGUCUGGCAAGAUGGCUUCUCCCAAGAGCAUGCCGAAAGAUGCACAGAUGAUGGCACAAAUCCUGAAGGAUAUGGGGAUUACAGAAUAUGAGCCAAGAGUUAUAAAUCAGAUGUUGGAGUUUGCCUUCCGAUAUGUGACCACAAUUCUAGAUGAUGCAAAAAUUUAUUCCAGCCAUGCUAAGAAAGCUACUGUUGAUGCAGAUGAUGUGCGAUUGGCCAUCCAGUGUCGUGCUGAUCAGUCUUUUACCUCUCCUCCCCCAAGAGAUUUUUUAUUAGAUAUUGCAAGGCAAAGAAAUCAAACUCCUUUGCCAUUAAUCAAGCCAUAUUCAGGCCCCAGGUUGCCACCUGAUAGAUACUGCUUGACCGCUCCAAACUAUAGACUUAAGUCUUUACAAAAAAAGGCAUCUACCUCUGCGGGAAGAAUAACAGUUCCACGGUUAAGUGUUGGUUCAGUUACUAGCAGACCAAGUACUCCCACUCUUGGCACACCAACCCCACAGACCAUGUCUGUGUCAACUAAAGUAGGGACUCCAAUGUCCCUCACAGGGCAAAGGUUUACAGUACAGAUGCCCACUUCACAGUCCCCAACUGUAAAAGCAUCAAUUCCUGCAACAUCCGCAGUUCAGAAUGUUCUGAUUAAUCCAUCAUUAAUUGGGUCCAAAAACAUUCUUAUUACCACUAACAUGGUGUCAUCACAAAAUACUGCCAAUGAAUCAUCAAAUGCAAUGAAAAGAAAACGAGAAGAUGAUGAUGAUGACGAUGAUGACGAUGAUGACUAUGAUAAUUUGUAAUCCAGCCUUGAUGCUUGUAACAUGUAUACUUGGUCUUGAAUCCAUUGUACUAGAUUAAACAUGCAUGCUGGGUAUUUUCAAGUUCUGUUGUAGAAAACUUAAAUGCUAUUUAAUGAGUAAAUAUGGUUAUCCUUUCCGAUUGAGAUGUUGGGUUUUCUUUAAUAGGAUUAGUAAUGGUUAUUCAUCAGCCUUUAAGUGUAAAAAAUAAAACUGUUUUCAUCAGUUUG